GUUCAGGUUUAUUAGUUGCAGCUCAAGAUGCUACAGAAGAUGAGGAAGCUGUGGAAGAUACUGUAGUUGAAGAUGAAGAUGAUGAAGCUGAAGUUGAAGAAGAUGAGCCAACAGACUUGACAGAAGAAAAAGAGGAAGAAGACUUGUCAGGAGAACCUAAAGCCUCACCUAGUGCUGAUACAACCAUCUUAUUUGUGAAAGGUGAAGACUUUCCAGCGAACAACAUUGUAAAAUUUCUGGUGGGCUUCACCAAUAAGGGUACAGAGGAUUUCAUUGUUGAGUCUCUUGAUGCUUCUUUCCGAUAUCCUCAAGACUACCAGUUUUAUAUCCAGAACUUCACAGCUCUCCCUCUGAAUACGGUAGUUCCACCGCAGAGACAAGCCACGUUUGAGUACUCUGAGCCUAUGGGCGGUCGUCCUUUUGGACUAGUUAUCAAUCUUAACUACAGAGAUGUAAAUGGCAAUGUGUUUCAAGAUGCUGUCUUCAAUCAAACUGUUACAAUUAUUGAAAAAGAAGAUGGACUGGAUGGAGAAACGAUCUUCAUGUACAUGUUCCUCGCUGGACUUGGUCUACUUGUCAUUGUUGGCCUACAUCAGUUACUGGAAUCUAGGAAGAGGAAAAGACCGGUACAGAAAGUAGAGAUGGGAACAUCAAAUCAGAAUGAUGUUGAUAUGAGCUGGAUUCCCCAAGAAACUUUAAAUCAAAUAAUGCAGAGUAGAAGAGAUAAAGCUUCACCAAGGAGGUUGCCCUACAAGAGGGCACAGAAGAGAUCAGUGGGCUCUGAUGAGUAAAUGUUAACUAGUACAACAGUUGAACCUUUACUAAUCCUGCCUGUUUGGUUUUUUUGGAUUGGAAUAGUGCAAGAGAAUCCAUAUCACCAUAUAAGGAAAAUACUGCUAAAGAUUUGGACUGAACAGAUUAACUGAAUGGUGUUAAUAUUACUGAAAAUGCACUUCUCUGUUAACUGUUGGGGGGUGGGGAGGUAGCCAUUAAGAUUUGUGCCUGCGUGUGUAAGCAGUUGGUCUUAACAGAACCAUGUUACCUGAAAUGUGCCUUUAGAGUUCUUUGUAAUGCUGGCUUGUCAUCUUGUACACUGUCUUUGAAGGAUUUUUCUCCUCCCUCUAAUCUGAAUGUCUGGUGACUUAAUCUGUCUUGAUUGUAUCAUGUCUUUAUCAGAAGCUGUAUGCAUUUUUCUUUUUCAGUAAGUAACUUUAUUCUAUACUUUGUGCACACACUGGAGCUUGUGUGCAUGGUCCUAUUUCAGUGGCAAGGCAGUGAUCAUCUAGAUUUCUGCAUAGUUUACAUUCUAAAGGCACAAUUGGGUAUAGCUGCUCUUAGUGAUAGAUAUUUUGCUGCUGUUUUGAUCUGAGCAUGCAGUGGCCUAAAACUCUGAACUUACCUGCAUAGAUGUUAGGAAGACUCUUACACAGCAGCAGAACUUGUGAAGCAUGGAAUUUGUGUGCUGAAUUGGUAUUACUACAUAAUUUUUUUUUAUACCCAACUUGUUAAAUGGUUAGUUAUUGAGUCAUGCCAGCAGCCUAGGUAUGCUGAUCAUAGUGGUAGCUCUGCAAUGUUUACUCAAGAAAUUACUGAAUAAGCCAGAACAACUUUUCAGUAAGUUCUUGGUUCUCUCACACAAACUAGAAUGUCAUAUGUAUCAAAAUGUCAACUUUUCUUAAAGCUUUACAUGGGGCAAGGACUUUGCAGUUACUGUACACACUUGAAACUGAACUUGAAAAACUGUUGGCUUCAAAUAUCUUUUUAAAUGGCAAACUA